CGAGGGGCUGACGGCAACGGCACCGCAUCGCGCUGCGGGAGAGAGGCCGGACUUCGCGUGUACGCCGCGCCAUGGCCCUGCAGGCUGACUUCGAUGGAGCUGCAGAAGAUGUUAAAAAAUUGAAAACAAGACCAACUGAUGAAGAACUGAAAGAACUCUAUGGAUUCUACAAACAAGCUACUGUUGGAGACAUUAAUAUUGAAUGUCCAGGAAUGUUAGAUAUGAAAGGCAAAGCCAAAUGGGAGGCGUGGAACCUGAAAAGAGGUAUAUCGAAGGAGGAUGCCAUGAAUGCCUAUAUUUCUAAAGCAAAGGCACUGAUAGAAAAAUAUGGGAUUUAGAAUACUCAGACAUCACACUGUGAGUCUUCUCAGUGAUGAAGGAAGUAACACUGCAGAGGAGAACGCAGUACUAACUGGUUAUUGUGAAAUCUAACAGUAAGAUCAUUUACGCGUGAGCCACCACAGUGUGAGAGGUGUUCACAUGCAUACUGUGUUUUUAGACUGUAUCUUACUCUAAUUAAAUCUGAGCCUAUGAAAUAAAUGCUUCUGUUGUUGUGGGUUUUGGUUUGUUGGUUUUUUUUUUGGUAUAAAAUCAUAUUUAGCAUUUCUACAGUGCACACAAGUUUUUAAGAUAAAAUAACUUAUAAUAGCUGUCACUUUUUGCAGCUGAUGUUGAAUAAAGUGAAGGGUUUAUGCAUGUGCUGGAUGAGAAGAGAGAGAAAAAAUGAAAAGUGUUUUAUUUUUAAGAUACAAAGCUAGAGUUUAUUUUCAAAAAUCAGAACAACUCUUUAAACCCUCUUAAAGAAUUACAGUGAAGAUCUUCUGGAGGAACAGAGUAACUUUUAGGCAUAACAGUGCAAUUCAGCAGAAAGAAUGACUUAAUUAUUAAGUGCUGUAGACUUACACUUGCUAUUAAAAUAGAGGGAAAUACUCAUAAAGCAGCAUUUUCUAUACACUUGGUUAUAUGUUUUAUCAAGAAAAUUUCAUUUGAAGGUUCCAGCAGAUAAAAGUGACCUCCAGGAAGACUGUAAAUGGAAGUAUCUCCUCUGGUUAUAUUGAGCCAGGCUGAAAAAGAUAUUUAAAGAGUCAGAAAUGUCAACUAUUCUGGUUAUCUUAUGAAACCACUUCAGAAUUAUUUAGUAAUUGCUUUAAAUCCCUCAUCAACAGCUUUCUCUGUAUUUCAUUGUGUCUCUGUUUUAUUUAAGAAGGUGGUAAAAGACCCCGGAGAAUUCUGUUCAUGAAAUGAUUUGCUACAGCAGGGAAAUGCCUAACCAGAAAAGGAAGAUACUUAAGCAAAGUACCUUCGGCAUCAUGCACUGUUUCUUCAGAGCCAUCAAAGCAGGUGACAUCACAAGAGAAGAUGGUUUUUCUUUCUGCCUUCUCAAAACUGUGAACAUAAAAAAGUUUCAUUACCAUAAGUUUCUCUGUCCUAAGAUACUUUUGGGUUUUGGGUUUUGCCUCUAUGUAGAGAAUAGCUAUUUUUUGCUACUCAAAAACAACAUAAACUUUAUGGGUUAAAUUGUGCAGAACAUCAAG